AUGAACAUCUAUUAACCAAAUCAAUCAGCACUCACCAGUGCAUUUAAAUCAUAGGCUACUCUGACUGAAUAGAAGGUCAUCUUUUUGGAGUAGUCUCUAAAUAAGGCCCAAAGAGAUCUAAAUGAUGUAAGAUUUCAAUAAAACCAUUUAAAGUCUAAAAGGGAAGACUUAAUCUAGAAUUAUCACAAAACCAACAGAAAGCUCUUGAAAUAAGUGGAUGAAUUACAAUAAUUAAUCAAUAAUACACAAACCUACAUCAGAUUAGAUUAAUUAAUUACUGCUUUCAAAAAUAAUAACUGGAAUGAUCAUAUAGCUAGAUAUCUUCAUGAGAAUAACAAGUUAACAUCUUAAAAAAUAAAAAUAAUUUAAAAAAUUAUAUUAACUGAUUAAUAACUAAGUGAUUGGAGGGAAUAAAUAAACAUGAUAGAGGAAGAUAUUAAUGGAUUGCAUCAUUAGAAUAGUGCUUUGAUUAUUGAAUUCGAAGAAUUAGAUGAAGUGAUUCAUUAAUGGAAUGGUUCAGCCAUAGAACCAAUUAGCAAAAUCUAUCAGAUUAAGAAACAGUUAAAUGAGCUCAGGGUCAAUUACUUAGAUUUGUCAAGUGAAAGAUAACGGAAAGAGACAAGUCUAACAGAAUUGACAACCUAAGUUGACUCAAUCCAGGAGAAUCUCAAUUAAUUAAGAAAAGAAUAAAUACCAGUUUUUUAAGAAAUUGACUUUCAACUCAAACAAAGCAUUCAAUUUUGGUUUUCGCCAGAUUUGGUCUACAAGGUCUUUCUAGAUAUUUUCAAUGACUUUGUUGAUUUCAAUAAGGAUAAAAUAGAUGAGGUAUUCAGCAUAUUGAUGCAAAUUCAUGACAAAAUUGUUGGAUGUUGUUUCAGUCUGUUGCAAAAGCACAUCAAGUUUGAAGAGAGAUAACAACUGUUUGAUACGAACUUUCAAGAAGCCACCAGCUUAAUUAAUUAAUAUUAGUAAUGGUUCAAGGAGAUAGAUGUUUAAGACUUCGAGUGUUUGCUAGGUAUUUAUUGA